AUGGCGUCCCACAACCAUUCCCAGGGCUCUGGUGUCUCCCCCGCAGAUGUCAAGCAUCGUAGUGUGAGCCCGUCACCCCACGCUCAGCAGUAUCAUGACCCCACCGGCCUAAACAUGGAUCCCUCCAUGUCCGCAUUCCCCUCCUUCGAAAAUACAAACCCGGAUAUUGAUAUCAGUGGUCAAGACGCCUACGGCUACUCUGCGCCCUACCUCUCCGGACCACCGCAGACGCAAGGCUACGCACCACAAACCGAGCCCUUCCCUCCGGCAAUCGACACCAACAACAUGCCCAUGUCGCAGUCAUUUGAGGCGAGCCUAGUCAAUCAACUCGAUCAUAGACCCCAGGGUUUAAGACACCAGCAGCCGGAGGGCGGUUACGUGCUCAACACCAAUCCCGGGGAACUGGAUUUCGGCUAUCAAAACCACAGUCCCAACAGCGCGUCGGCGUCGGAGUACGAUUCGUCACUAUUGCUGGAUCCGCAAAUGCACCAGCUCCCACAGUCUAUGCAUCAGGCUGUCAAUCCGGCGGAUCUCGUUAGCCCUAUCUCUAAUCCCUCGGCAUCUUCUCACCCGUCGUCGCAAGAACAGCAGCAGUCGCCAGGUCCUUUGUCUCCACCCGGCUCUGCUCCCGGCACGUACUACACACCCCAGCAUUCGCGACACACCUCGCUGGAUCCGGCUACAGCGGCUUACCUGAGCGCGCAACCCCAUCAAGACUGGCAGAACGUCAUGAACAGCUCCGCCGCUUUCCAAGGCCACCGCAGGGCGCCCUCGGAGGUAUCUGAAGUUUCCUCGGCCAACCACUCCCCUUACCUGCCCCAGCACGAUUAUGACGGUAUUGACUCCAACGUGUCGCCUUCCCUGGCGCCACAGAACGACCCCGCUUUAUAUGAUAAUGCGCUUGGCAUUGAGUCUUUCACAUUGUCCGAACAGCAGCAACAGCAGCAGGCAUAUAGCCCGCUCCAUAGCCCAUAUAUCUCGCCAAGAUUGAUUCCCCAACAGGGUGGUGAGAUUGUUCCGAAUGCUUCGUAUCUCUCGCCCACUAUGACCUCUCAAUUCCCAUCUGCGGACAUGUAUGGCAUGCCCCAGGAUGACAUGAUGAAUGCUAUGAACAGCGGCAUGCCUGAUAUUGGACAAGCGUCUCAAAUGGCACCCCCUUCCAUUAACGUGGAGUUUGCGCCGCCUUCGCGCAUUCCCAGCUUCGGUCCUGGUAAACCGGCUGCAGAUCUGGACUCGUUGAGUCCUCCAGCAAUGAGAUCCCGUGUGCGCAGUAAAUCCGACCCCUAUGCACACCCCGCCUCACGCUCAAGGUCUCCGGCGAAUUCGGCGACAAGUCUCGAGGCUCGUGCUCCGAACACACCGCGCUCGCUGUCACCUCAUUCGCGCAGCAACCCCGGCUCUCGCGACGUAUCACCUUCUCGUGCUUCCAACCGACGCCUUUCAACAUCGUCAAUCGAGAGCCGAAAUUAUAUACUGGACUUAGCCGAUCCCCAGCGCCCCGGCGCACUUCCUGGGGACUCAAAGCGCGUCCAGAAGCACCCUGCCACUUUCCAAUGUACACUUUGCCCGAAGCGAUUUACCCGUGCAUACAACCUGCGCUCCCACCUAAGAACCCACACAGACGAGCGGCCAUUCGUCUGCACAGUAUGUGGCAAAGCUUUCGCUCGACAACACGACCGAAAACGUCAUGAAGGACUGCACUCUGGCGAAAAGAAAUUUGUUUGCCGCGGCGACCUAUCUCGAGGGGGAAACUGGGGCUGCGGGCGCCGGUUUGCGCGAGCAGAUGCACUCGGCCGCCACUUCCGAUCAGAAGCCGGCCGAGUAUGCAUUAAGCCGCUGCUUGACGAAGAGUCUCAAGAGCGAGAACGAGUCCUCCUCGAACAACAGCAACAACAGCAACAUCAACCUUCUGGCCACUUGCAACCCGUUCCCCAGCCACUCGUUAUGCCUGGUGCACCUGGUAUAGAUGGCCAGUCAUCUGGCAACUUCGUCUUACCGGCUGCACUACUCGCACAAUACCCAGCUCUGCAGACAUUACAGUGGGAUCAGAUUCCUGCUGCUGGCGAUGAUCCAAGCGAUAUUGGAGGCCGGAGUAGUUUCGACGCGAGCUCAGGCGGCGAGUUUGGAUUCGAUGAAGAUGACGGAAUUAGCAAUGUCUCCGGGAUGAGCGGCGGCUAUGUUGAUAACCAGCAAGCCAUGUACGGUAAUCCCGGACAGUGGAGUGGAUGA